AUGAGAAGACAUGCUCUGAGCGAACUUCGGAUGGCUCGGAAACCGGAAGAGGUUAUCACACGGUUUGAACGAGGAAGAUUUGCACAUGAUGAGGAAUGCUAUCGUCAAUAUAUUGCUGCUCUGGUGGAAACUGGACAGCAAAGCAAAGUCAUUCCUGAUUUGAUGAACCGACUGCAACGCGAAGGAGGUAAAGGCGAAUUAGCGGACGUACUUGCGGGCGUACGAAGAAAUGGCGAGCUUGGAAUGGGCAACACUCAAAAAGACCCAAUCUAUGUCGUGGUUGAAGAAGCCCGUGGGUAUUUUGUGUGGCGUAUUCUUCGUUGGGUGGGUGUCACUGUCACCUACGCAUUUUGUUUCUUGACCGUGUUAUCGCUUGCUUUGGAAAAUUCAGGCCUGCUCAAGACGACGACGACUCCACAAACUGAAUAUGAGCCAUCUUCGCAACAGGUGGUCAAAUUCACUGAUGUGCAAGGGUGCGACGAAGCCAAACAAGAGUUGGAAGAAUUGGUCCAGUUCCUCAAGAAUCCACAUCGCUUCACAGAACUCGGUGGCAAACUGCCCAAGGGUGUGUUGCUAACAGGGCCUCCAGGUACUGGUAAGACUCUGUUAGCGCGUGCAGUGGCUGGCGAGGCUGGCGUUCCCUUUUUCUUCAUGAGCGGAAGUGAGUUCGAUGAGAUGUACGUGGGUGUCGGUGCACGUCGUGUGCGUGAUCUAUUCGCUGCUGCUCGAAGAAAGGCACCCAGUAUUGUAUUUAUUGACGAACUUGAUGCGAUCGGAUCGAAGCGUAAUCCUAAAGAUUCGACGUACAUGAAACAAACCCUGAAUCAGCUUCUGGUCGACUUGGACGGUUUCUCACAGACAGAAGGCGUGAUCUUUAUUGCUGCCACCAAUUUCCCGGAGCUCUUGGAUAAGGCCUUGGUGAGACCCGGUCGUUUUGAUCGCAUGGUUAACGUCCCACUCCCGGAUGUACGCGGUCGCAUGCAGAUACUGAAGCAUCAUAUGAAGGCAGUGAUGAUGGCACCCGAUGUGGAUGUCUCUGUGAUUGCAAGGGGAACACCUGGAUUUAGCGGUGCGGAGUUGGCGAAUUUAGUGAAUUUGGCAGCUAUCCAGGCAAGCAGAGAGAAUGUGCGAGAAGUCGAUAUGCGUCAUCUGGAGUAUGCCAAGGACAAGAUCAUCAUGGGUGCCGAGAGAAGAAGUGCAGUGAUUACGGAUGAAAGCAAAAAAUUGACAGCAUAUCAUGAAGGCGGUCAUGCAUUGGUAGCCUAUUAUACCCCCGGCGCCAUGCCUUUGCACAAAGCGACGAUUAUGCCUCGUGGGCGAGCGCUAGGAAUGACAGUCCAGCUUCCCGAAAUGGACAAGGAUUCCUUUACGCGUCGAGAAUUCUUGGCACAGCUAGAUAUAUGUUUGGGUGGGCGUAUUGCGGAAGAGCUGAUAUUUGGUUCUGACAAUGUCACGAGCGGUGCCCAUAGCGACAUUGUCAAAGCAACCGAGGUUGCUAAGCGAAUGGUGCGACAUUAUGGCAUGAGCGAGAAAAUCGGACCUGUUGAGUAUGACGAUGAGGAUAUGCAGCUCUUAUCUACGGAUACAAAGCAGCUCAUCGAAGGAGAAAUCAAGGAAUUUGUCAUGAGUGCCGAGUUGCGUGCAAGAAAGGUUCUUACAGAGCACAUGGAUGAGCUCCAUCGAUUAGCCAAGGCAUUGAUAGAGUAUGAAACGUUAACACAGCAAGAGAUUAUUGACGUAAUUCAAGGGAAACCUAUUCGACGAUAA